CUUCCCUUCAAAAUUGACAUCAAUGUUGAUCUUGUGUGGGUCCUCUGUUUUCCUCUGACUCCGAUAUACUUCGGCUUUUAUUAGCAUAUUUUCGCGUUCUUGUGCAUACAAUUUGACUGAUUUAACAUAAGAAUCUUUCAUAAACGCGACAGCCAUUGUUUUUGCCGAAGAGACGGUGUAUGUAACAUGUAUGAUGCAGAAAAAUCGUCUGGUAUGUCCUUUAACGACAUGAUCCGCGCCAUGUUGUUUAUGUGUCUAAUGUCGGGCUAGUUACCGUCGUCAUGGUGGGCGGGGCGUACACGAAAAUCGGCGAUCCGCCAAUCCUUUUUACGCCAGUCAGAAGAACAAGGAAGUUACAGUUUAUCUCGCUAUUAAUCAUGACCACUAUCUUGAUGUACAGGUACAUGUAACAUCGAGACAAAUAGAAAUGAAGUUGAUCAUCUUUGCUUUAAUUUUCUGUUUUCUGCCUCACAGUUUUUGUAUUAAUCAAUUUUAUCCCCAUGGACACUCUAAUGGAGAUACGACUGUUGACAAAAAUGAUGACGGUAGCUCUACAGAAAUUCCUAUUUCAACGUUGUUUCCAUUCUUUGACCAUCAACAUGACCACUUGAUUGUUAACACAAAUGGCGUCAUUUCCUUCCUGGGGACACUUUCAACUUACACACCGAAUUCUUUUCCGCUAGCACACGACAGACGUCUGGUUGCCAUUUUCUGGGCAGAUGUCGAUACAAGAAAGGGGGGAACUGUGUGGUAUCGCGAAUCAACCAAUCAAACAAUACUACACAGAGCGACAGAGGAAGUUCGGACAUAUUUUCCACAGUUUAAUCGUUUUCAAGCUACCUGGGUCUUUAUAGCAACCUGGGAUAAUGUCGCAUUCUUUGGAUGUUCAAGCUGUACCAAAAGAAAUACAUUUCAAGAGAUCCUUAUUACUAAUGGUCAACAUUCAUUUACCGUUUUCAAUUAUGGACAAAUUAAAUGGACGACUGGAACUGCAAGUGGAGGAAACGCAGAAACUGGUCUUGGAGGAACACCUGCUCAGGUUGGAUUUAAUGCAGGAGAUGGCAGGGUAUUUUAUGUUGUUAAUGCGUCGAGAACACAUGACAUCAUCGGUGUAAAUCACAUGUCUAACAUAGGAAUCCCAGGGAAAUUCGCAUUCCGUAUUGAUGCUGCAGAAAUCGACAAUGGUGGAUGUAAUACCUGGGGCACACUGACGAUUUCCCCUCGGUAUGGCCCAAUGCUUGGAGGACAAUACCUCGUGAUCGGAGGUCCAUGCAUGAAUCCUGAUGUUAUUAUCCAAAUCCAGUACUCAUCGAUUGUUACGUCAUUUCCGUGUCGGCGAGAUUCAGACUUCAGCGCUGUAUGCAUCACGCCGAUGUUUAACUUGACCGGUGAUAUCACAAUCACCCUUACCAUCAAAGAAGUCAACGGAAACACACGGGAUCAUACCGGGCAUUAUACGAUUGUGAAUCCUGCUAUAACCAAUAACCCAGUAAGGCGACACGAACCCGAGAAAUGGAUUAAUGGACAGCAAUAUGGCAUCUCAUGGGACCCACAGGCGUUCGAACUAAGAGGCUCUGAACGAAUUCACAUACAUUUAUAUACAUUGAAGGAACAUACAAAUAAACAACUAAUAUGGGAAAAAUCUGUGCUGCAUGACAACAUCGAAAAAAGCCUUCGGACAUUUACCAUCACUCUUCAUUCAGAUGGAUAUAUGGCAGUCCUCCGCGUCACUUCCGCUCUACAGACAGAUCUUGAUAUGCCAACCAGAGGUAUUUGGUCAGACAUCUUUGCAAUAGUGCCUUCGCAAGAACAAUCAAAGCAGUUUUGUUCUUCUUGGUUAAGAAAUGAAGCUCGUUUGCCACGACUGUCUUCUGGCGACAUAUCCCCAUGUCCCUGUACACUGCAGCAGGCUUUGGUGGACACAGCACGAUACCAGCCCGAUCCCGACUGUAAUAGGAUAACAAAUACUAGAAUACAAGACUUGAAUUGUUUGUACAGAGCUGAUGCCCAACAUUGCGUUCGACUUAGUGCACCAGGACGACUUGGCAUUGACAAUGUGUGUUGCUAUGAUAAAGACGGCAAUUUAAUUGACUCCCGGGUGAAGAAAGGCGGAACUCUCCAGCGCUACCACUAUUUGGGAGGGGUGGGUAAUGUACCGUACGUGACCAAUUUCUACUACGAUGUGCUUCCGUCCUUACACUGCUGUAGGUACUUCGACACCAGAUUAAACGGAUUUAGCGGGAUGUCCGUCUUCUCCGAAUGUCAAGAUUAUCUAGAGUUCAGAGACGUCAGUUCUUGUGUCAACUACAUUCCCCCUCAACCAGCUGGUGCACAUGGGGACCCGCAUAUUAAAACCUUGGAUGGAAAAAGCUACGACUUCAAUGGUCUUGGGGAAUUUCAGUUCAUGAUAUCUAAGACUGCAUCAUUUGAGAGCCAGAUUCGAUUUGAACAAGUCACGGACAGCACAGGUAACAAUGUCUAUGCCAGCGUCUGCACUUCAUUCGUCUCCCAGGUGACGCAUUCAACGGACAAAGUAGAGGUUCGUCUGAAUUCCAUUCGAAUGGCAGACGUACUUGUCAACGGAAUAAUUCAGGACUUUAGUGACGUCUCCUGGCUUCGAUACAGAGGUGUAUCGGUGCUCAGUUUGCCCAACCUCUCUGGAACCUCCACGGGUAGAGACAUCAUCGUAAUGUUUGAUACUUUGGGCGUCUCAUUUAGGAUUCUGGCCAGUCAGAAAAUGCUUAACGUUAUCACAGUCAUUGGGAACAACAUUUUGAAAGGUACCCUCAGCGGUCUUGUCGGAAACUUUGAUGGAGAUCCAGCUAACGACUUGCGUUUGCCAUCUGAUGCAACAGAAGAAGCAAUUUUCCACGUCAUUAAUGAAUCAUGGAGGAUCACAAACAGGAACUCAUUGUUCACCUACCCUAACGGGAAAACGUACUCAGAUUAUAACAGUGAACGGCAAGUGGACUUCCGCCCGGUGUUUUCGUCAUCCGUCACUAGUCCAGUUACAACAGAAGCUAGAGAACUAUGUGGUAGCAACACAGAUUGUUUGUUUGACUUGCACAUGACUGGGUCCCGGGACAUCGCUCAGAGCACUCGUCAAUUCACUUAUCAACUACAGCAAGCAGCGGACGCUGCGAGCCCAGUCCAAUCCUGUCCUGUGCUUCCGUCGAAAGACGGAGGUGUGUGGUAUACCAAUAACACUCUAGAGAAUGCAACAGCUAACUUUCUGUGCGGCAUGGGCUAUCGAAUCAGUGGUUCAUGUCCACCGACGACUUGUAAGAAUGGAACAUGGAGCAAUUUUAGACAUUGUUCUUGUAUAAAGAUUCUUACGUCGCCGCCAACUUCAACACGUCGAACGACUUUCACCUCUAUACCACAAUCGCGCACUCCUCCAAGUCUCACACCAGCGCCAACAUCACAGUCAACACGUUUUCCUAUGUCUAUUGGUCAUCAAAUGACAUCAAUCGCAACACGGAUCUCCACGUUGGAGCCAUCGUCAGCAGGUCAAACGGCUGUUUCCUCUACACCACAAUCGCAAGAACAUCAACCACGAACGCCCCCGCCAACUUCGCAAUCAACACGCACAGUAGCAUAUGUCGCUCAUCAAACAACACCAGUUCCAACGAAGGACAACUAUAAUUUUCUCAAGUUUAUAUCUAACAAGGCUCACGUGUGGUUCAUCAAUGGGGUAGGAGUAGUUUUCAUCAUCUUCAUCAUACUCAUUGGGUCUUUUGUGACAUGUAAAAUCAGAUCACGUGAGAAGUAUGUAGGAAACGACAGUGAAAAUCCACACUCCCCUGGACGCUCUUCUCGUUAUCAGAAAUACAAUAGGGGAUCCCAAAUGAAUUCCGGGAGGACACAUACAGAUGCAAGUGCUGAACUAUCAGAAGUUUCUGAAGGCAGUAAACAAAGUCUGCCUGGUUGUGACAACUAUGGAUACUCGGAAUCCGGUCCUUGAUAUGUAAAGAAUUCACCAAUGUAUAGAACCCACCGACAGAACUAUAGCCCGGAGGUGCUGGAACGGCAAACUUCAUCAAGUGUUCAGUAAACAAGAUCAUAUUCUCAAUGAUAUCCUGUAGAUUUCUUGAGAUAUAAAUCUUCUAGUAUUUAAAAUCAUGAAAGGAGCGUUUUACUUGCAAUUUCUACCGAGUUCCAUGUUUUAAAAGUUACGAGUAUAACAAGGGAAUCUUAAACAUUGAGCACAAAAGGGCUUCACCUUUUGCGAUAAAGUGAUGUGAAUUUC